CUCAAUAUCCUCUCAGGCAAAGACAGAGAGAGUGAGAAUGGGAAGUGUGAAGAGGCUUAUCAGUUUCAUUCUGUGUGUUGGGUUACUGAUCAUCACAGAGGAAACCAAGGGAGCCUCAGCUGCGUGGUUGAAAGCUCAUGCAACUUUCUACGGUGGAAGCGAUGCUUCCGGGACGAUGGGGGGAGCGUGCGGCUACGGGAACCUGUACACGGACGGGUACGGGACCAAGACUGCGGCGCUGAGCACUGCCCUGUUCAAUGACGGGAAGGCGUGUGGCGGGUGCUACCAGAUAGUGUGUGACGCCUCCCAGGUCCCUCAGUGGUGUCUCAAGGGCACGUACAUCACGAUCACGGCAACUAACUUCUGCCCUCCGAACUACAACCUCCCGAGCGACAAUGGGGGGUGGUGCAACCCCCCGAGGCCUCACUUCGACAUGUCUCAGCCCGCAUACCAGACCAUCGCCAAGUACAGUGCCGGAAUCGUGCCCAUCUUCUACAGGAAGGUCGGCUGCAAGAGAAGCGGGGGCAUCCGAUUCACAAUCAACGGCCGGAACUACUUUGAGUUGGUCCUCAUAUCUAAUGUCGGAGGUCCAGGGGAUGUCUCGAAUGUUUGGAUCAAAGGCUCCAAGUCCGACAAAUGGGAGACCAUGUCAAGGAACUGGGGAGCGAACUGGCAGAGCCUGACCUACCUCAACGGCCAGAGCCUCUCGUUCCGGGUCCAGGCCAGCAACGGCCAGAUCAUUACAGCCCUCAACGUGGCGCCUUCCACUUGGCAGUUUGGACAAUCGUUUAAGAGCAGCGUCAAUUUCUGAAGUAAUACGACAGGGGCGAUCGACAGCUCGGCAUAUAUUGUUCGUGCGAGCUGCUAUCAUCGUUUUCUUGAACUUGUGUUUUUUAUUCUGCUUUUCGAUUUGUAUAUUUGUCUCCGAUAUGCAUACAGGGGCUGCCUCUCGGCUUUUUCUGCAAGAGGCUCUUCCUGGUAUGGAAGCAUUGUAAGCCUCAAUAGAAGUGAAUAUAUGAACUCUUCACAUUCCGAGAA